CAAAUCCCUGACGUCACUCAGUUUGAUGAGAGGCUGUGGAGAGGAAAGGUGUUACCGGUCAUUCUGUGCGGAGAAUUGUUUAUCUGGCUCAUUCGUGAGUGAUUCAACAUCCCGUUGAGGUGUUUUGAAGGAGAGGACGCCGGAGCAGACGUUAGGUGAAGGGAGAACCAGCCGAUGAGACUACACUGGGAUAAUGGAGGACAACAGCAAACGACAGGGCACCAGAGUAUUUAAGAAGAGUUCUCCAAAUGGGAAAAUUACAGUUUAUUUAGGAAAGAGAGAUUUUGUGGAUCACAUCACACAUGUAGAUCCAAUAGAUGGGGUAGUACUCAUUGAUCCAGAGUAUUUGAAGGAUCGGAAAGUAUUUGGUCACGUUUUGGCUGCUUUCCGAUAUGGCCGCGAAGACUUGGAUGUCCUGGGCCUCACCUUUCGCAAGGACCUUUACCUGGCCUCAGAACAGAUCUUCCCUCUGGACCCCAAUAACAAGAGGCCUCUCACAAGGUUACAGGAACGACUCAUCAAGAAAUUAGGCCCCAAUGCCUUUCCAUUCUUCUUUGAGCUACCUCCACACUGCCCUGCCUCUGUCACAUUACAACCAGCACCAGGAGACAUGGGAAAACCCUGUGGUGUUGAUUAUGAACUGAAGGCUUAUGUAGGAGACACAGUUGAUGAUAAACCUCAUAAACGAAAUUCAGUUCGACUGGCAAUCAGGAAGGUCAUGUACGCCCCUAUAAAGCAAGGAGAACAGCCAAGUGUAGAGGUUAGCAAGGAGUUCAUGAUGUCCCCCAACAAGUUACACCUGGAGGCAUCAUUAGACAAAGAGUUGUACUAUCAUGGAGAGACAGUUGCAGUGAAUGUUCAUAUACAGAAUAAUUCCAAUAAGAGUGUCAAGAAAAUAAAGGUUUCAAUUCGUCAGUUUGCAGAUAUCUGCUUAUUUUCAACAGCACAGUAUAAGUGUACAGUUGCAGAAACAGAGAGUGAGGACGGGUGUCCUGUAGGGCCGGGCUUUACCCUCUCUAAAGUGCUGCACCUCACGCCCCUGCUUCGUAACAACAAGGACAAACGUGGCCUAGCACUAGAUGGCCAGCUCAAGCACGAGGACACCAACCUUGCGUCCUCAUCAAUGGAAGGCUGCCCUGUGGGGCCGGGCUUCUCCAUCAGUAAGGUUUUCACGCUGACGCCACUUCUCAGCAACAACCGAGACAAGUGGGGUCUGGCCCUUGAUGGGAAGCUCAAGGAUGAGGAUACCAACUUAGCAUCCUCCACUGUGUGAGUACUCACACCCUAU